ACGUAAGGUGCAGCUGGAGGAUAAUCGGUGUCUUUUCUGCAUGGAUAAAGUUGAAUCAGGUUUGCAUGUUUUCAAGUCAUGUAUUGCAUUAAAUUGCUUUUGGCUUUUUGGGCCAUUGAAGUUAAGGGCCAUGGAACACCAAGCCAAGAGUUUGCAAAUGUGGAUUCUGGACAUGCUUGACGCUCUCCAGGUUGACCAACGUGAACUAUUUUUUAUGGGGCUUUGGACGGUCUGGGUUGAGCGUAAGAAUGUUUUGUGGAAGGGUAGAGGUUUUCAACCCAUGAAUAUGAGUAAGUGGACGGUAAAGCUGCUGGAGGAUUUUCAAUUGUAUCAUUCUAAGGCUGUCAAGAAAAAGAAGAAACCGCUUACUAAAUGGCAGUGUCCUCCGCGAGGUAGACUGAAAAUAAAUGUGGAUGGUGCUUUCGUGUGGAGAAUGGCGGUGAAGGCAUUGGGGUAGUGGUCAGGAAUGAUUUAGGUGUGGGUAUUGCUGCUUUGGCUCGCCCUUUUCUACAUGCACACUCGGUCCUCAAUAUGGAAGCGGAGGCGUGUAGAGCGGGUCAUCUCCUUGGGAUUCACCAAGGUUGGUCGGAUAUUGAUAUUGAAAGCGACUCCACCAUCCUGAUUGCUUCUCUUAACAGUGCGCAGAGGAAUCUCUCGGAGGAGACGAAGACAUGAAGCUGAUCGAUAAGAACGCGACUUCGGCAUCACAGAAAGCCCCAGAACCAUGGGAGAACUCUAAUCAUCCACUCUUUCUCCAUCAUUCGGAUCAACCUGGCGCAGUCCUUGUGUCACAGCCAUUGAUGGAAGAUAACUACACAACAUGGGUCCAAUCCAUGAGCAUGGCCCUGACCAUAAAAACAAGAAAGGUUUUGUUGAUGGAACUCUCAACAAACCGGUUGACAACCCUAAUGAACAGCGACAAUGGGAUCGUUGCAACACGCUUGUUAAGACUUGGCUGCUAGGAGCCAUGUCAAAGGAAAUUUCAAGAAGUGUGAUUCAUUGCAAAGAUGCAAGAGGCAUGUGGCUUGAAUUGCAAGAAAGAUUUUCUCAUACCAACACGGUUAAACUGUUUCACAUCGAGAAUGCAAUCCAUGAUUGUGAGCAAGGUACAAACUCGGUCACAUCCUUUUUCACAAAGCUCAAGGGCCUUUGGGAUGAGAAGGAUGCACUUUGUGCAUUUCCCUCUUGCAGUUGUGACACAGCCACAGAAGUGAAGGCUUAUAUGGAGACGCAAAAGACCAUCAAGUUCUUGAUGGGGCUCAGCGACAAUUAUGCAACGAUCCGAAGCAACAUAAUAGGGAUGGAUCCUCUCCCAAGUGUGAACAAGGCAUCUGCCAUGGCGUUGCGUCAUGAGAAACAAGCAGAAUUUUCUAGUGGAAAGUCAAUAGCACCACCCGAGGCAUCUGCUUUCUUAGUGAAAAAGACAAGCCGUGAUGUUGCUCCUGCAGAAGAGGUCAAAUGUGAGAAGUGCAACAAGACCAAUAACACCACAAAGAAUUCCAGAGCACACCUUAAGUGCACCUACUGCAACUGGAAGGGACACACCUUUGAAUAUUGUCGUAGGAGAAAGGCUGCAAUGGAAGGAGGACAAGCACGACCAAGAGGUAAUCAUGUGGCUUCCUCAAAUGAUGACAAGGAGACUAUGAACACUUUUCCUUUUUCACAAGAGGAGUGCCAGCAGCUUCUGGGGCUCUUGAACAAAAACAAGCCUACUUUGAUCAAUCAAGUCGAUAAUGUGCCCAAUUAUGAGGAACUUUCAGGACCUACGUUCGGGGAAGAUGAUUGGGACGAGAAUUGAGAGGGAGGGGCUCUACUGCCUCAAUCCACCACAGAAAGGAACAUGCAACGUGGUACACACCAAAACACACAACCUUUGGCACCAAAGACUUGGACAUCCUUCUAGCAAAGUAUUUUCAUUAUUUCCCCUUCUCGCAAAUAAAUCUUGUGAUACAAGCAGUUAUUCUGUUUGCCCUUUAGUUAAACACACUAGACAAUCUUUCCCAUUGAGCACUACUUCUAGUGAAUCUUGUUUUGAUUUAAUCCAUGUUGACAUAUGGGGUGGCUACCAUGUUCACUCACUCUCUGGGACACAAUAUUUCUUGACCAUAGUUGAUGAU